GCAGUAGAGAAGGGGGAUGUGGAGCUGGUUCUGAUCAGGAACAAAGGACAGUCGGACUGGAAGGAGCAACACGUGGCUCCUGUAGCAGAUGCCAUGGGGGAGUGUGUCAUCUGCUACUCUGGUCCUGCCUGCUCUAACCUUGGAAUCCCUGUUGUGCAGCCAGACCUCACUCAGGAGCCCUACUACGUCCGUUGCAUCAAGCCCAACGACAAGAAGUCACCCCAGCUCUUCGACGAGGAGCGCUGCAGGCACCAGGUGGAGUACCUGGGGCUGCUGGAGAACGUGAGGGUGCGCCGGGCCGGCUUCGCCUUCCGCCAGACCUACGGCAAGUUCCUGCACAGGUACAAGAUGAUCUCAGAAUUCACUUGGCCAAACCAUGACCUCCCUUCAGACAAAGAUGCUGUGAAGAAGCUCAUAGAGUGUCACGGGUUCCAGCACGACGUUGCUUAUGGCAAGACCAAGAUUUUCAUCCGCACGCCUCGAACUCUCUUCACCCUGGAGGACUUGCAUGCCAAGAUGCUUGUGAGGAUUGUCCUUUUCCUACAGAAGGUCUGGAGGGGCACUCUGGCCCGGCUGCGCUACCGGAGGACGAGGGCUGCCCUCACCAUCCUCAGGCACUACCGCCGCCACAAGCUCCAGGCCUACGUGCGGGAGCUGGCCCGGCGCUUCCAGGGCGUCCGGCUCCUGCAGGACUAUGGCAGGCACCUGCAGUGGCCCACCCCACCCAAAGUGCUGCGCCGCUUCGAGGAGGCACUCCAGGCCAUCUACCACAGGUGGAGAGCAGGGGAACUCAUCCGGAGCGUCCCACCAGAAGUCCUACCUCAACUGAGGGCCAAGGUUGCUGCCAUGGAAGUGCUGAAGGGCCACAGAGCUGAUAUUGGCCUACAAAGAGCAUGGGAGGGGAAUUACAUCGCCCUGAAAGCUGGUAGCCCUCAGGCCACGAGCUCCUUCAUCCCUGUGGCCAACGAGCUGAAGCGGAAGGACAAGUACAUGAACGUGCUCUUCUCCUGCCACGUCCGCAAGGUCAAUCGCUUCAACAGGGUGGAGGACAGAGCAAUCUUCAUUACUGAUCGACACCUCUAUAAGAUGGACCCUAUGAAGCAGUACAAAGUGAUGAGGACCAUUCCCCUCUAUAAUCUGGUAGGAUUGAGCGUCUCCAACGGGAAGGACCAGCUCGUGGUCUUCCACACCAAAGACAACAAGGAUCUCAUCGUGUGUCUCUUCAGUAAGGAGCCUUCCAACGACAGCAGGAUUGGGGAGCUGGUGGGAGUCCUGGCCAGCCACUUCAAGAG